UAAUGCUUGCAUGUGCAGAGCAGAAACAUUCUAACCAGUUGUAGAUUUGAACGUAAUAUUUUGUGCGCGUGCUUCAAUAGUUUUUGUGAAAAUUUUAAAGAUGCAAAGUGAAAAACUUUGUGCGCAUAUAAAGUUUUCAAUCAGUAUUAUAGUUUAAGUACUAGUACUUUAAUAAAGUGAUAAAAUGGUUAUGAUAAAAUGAUAAACAGAUACAGAAAAGUUGUUCAUGUUUACUGGGAAAAAUUUUGCAAAAUCAAACUAUGGUUAUAUAGUAAUUAUUUCUAAAGAUACAAUAAUACUUCAAUAGAUAAGAAAUCUAUCAAUCACAUUUUUCGUUAGAUAAAUUUCAACCAAAACAAUGAUGAAUCAGAUAAAGCCAACGAUACGGAUAUUCAGAAACUCUCCUGUAAAUUUGACAGUUCCUUUUUUGAAUGAAAGUACCGCUGCCUGCAUUUCCAACGCCAAAAACAGCACUGUGGAUAUCGAGGCUAAAUCCUAUAAAGAAAUACCAGGCCCAAGAGCAUAUCCCAUCGUUGGGAACUUACUUCGAUUCUUACCAAAAAUUGGUAAAUAUGGAGAUAUGGCGAUGGAUGAGUCUUUGCUCGCUUUUCGCGAUGAGUUUGGUCCAUUGGUACGACUCGAAGGUAUUCCCAAUCGCCGACCAGUUAUUUUUCUUUUCGACGUUGAUCUGUGCGAAAAGAUGUAUAGACUCGAAGGUGCUUGGCCUUCUCGCGUAUCUAUCGAGUGUUUGCGCUAUUACUCCGAACAAAAUAAUGACAUACGCGACCAUGGCCUGAGUGUUAGUCAGGGGCAAGAAUGGCACGACUUCCGAACUCGCGUCAAUCAACCCAUGAUGCAGCCACGAACUGUGCGCCAUCAUCUCACUCAAAUCGACUCGGUGACCAAUGAAUUAUUGGACAGAAUGGUUCGAAUUCGAGACCCGCACAACUUGGAGCUGCCGGCGAGUUUCAAUAACGAGCUUAACAAGUGGUCCUUGGAAUCUAUUUGCUUGAUAGCCCUGGAUCAUCGACUGGGAUGUUUGGCCGACAAUCUACCCCAGGACUCGGAGGCUCAGCGCAUGAUCAACGCCGUUCACGAGAUGUUCGAGCUGAUGUACCAGCUGGAACUGCUGCCGAAUCUUUGGAAGUACUACAACACACGGAAAUUGAAGCGAUUUUUCACAGCGAUGGAUACACUAGUCAAGACCGGAAAUAAGCACAUCGCAGCCGCGAUGGAGCGUAUAAAGCAGCAAGGCCCAACGGAGAGCAACGAGCAAAGCAUGCUCGAGAGAUUGUGCAAAUUUGGCGAGAAAACGGCCCGAGCAAUGGCACAAGAUAUGCUUAUUGCCGGAGUUGACACGACUGCGAACUCGGCUGGAAAGACGCUCUACCAGAUAGCCACGCAUCCGAGGGUACAGGAAAAGCUGAGGGCCGAGGUGGACGCUGCGCUGCCUAGCGCCGAUUCGCCGUUCACCGCCAACACGCUCAACGAGAUUCCAUACUUGAAGGCCUGCAUUAAGGAAACUCUCAGAUUAUCUCCGAUUGCCCUGGGGAAUCUCAGGACUAUGAAUAAAGACGUCAUUCUGGCUGGUUACAAUAUUCCUAAGGGGAUGGACGUGAUAGCCUGCCACAGUAUUCUGAGCAUGGACGAGAAACACUUCCCUCGACCGAACGAGUUCAUACCCGAGCGUUGGCUAAAGGGCUGCGAGGACACCGUGAGGCCCGGCAAAGACGCCCAUCCGUUCGCCUACAUGCCCUUCGGAUUCGGGCCGCGAACUUGCAUCGGUCGCCGUUUCGCCGAAGCCGAGAUGGAGGUGCUCAUCGCCAAGCUUAUCAAGCGGUUCAAUUUACAAUGGAAUUACGGACCUUUGAAAAUACACAGCAAAUUCAUCAACAGCGUUGGCACUCCCUUGAGGUUCAAAGUCAUCGACCGUUAAAUGUAAUGAAACUUUUAUAAAAUGAUCGAGAUUAACAUUCAAUGACAAUUUUUGCCCUUCGGCGAUGUAACAUUUUUAUACAGAGUUUUACAACAACAAACAAAUGUUCAGAUCUACGAUGAUUGAUAAAUUGAUAAAUAAGCAAACAAGUGUUCGUGGGAGAGAUGAUUACAAAUAUCA